AUGGAUAAUGCUAGCUCAAAUGACUUAGGAAUUCAAUAUUUGAAAAAGAUACUUAAUUCUCGGAAUUCUCUAGUAUUGAGAGGUGAAUUGCUCCACAUGAGGUGUUUUGCUCAUAUAUUGAGUUUGAUUGUGAGAGAGGGGUUGAAAGACAUAAAUGAUUCGAUUGUUAGAAUACGUUCAACUGUGCGUUAUGUAAGGUCUUUUCCUGCGAGGCUGAGACGAUUUAAGGGUUAUAUUGAGCUAGAGAAAAUUGAGUCCAAGAGUCUUGUAUGUUUGGAUGUCGAGACUCGUUGGAACUCAAUAUACAUGAUGUUGGAAGAAGCUUUGAAGUUUCAAAUAGCUUUUAACUCGUUGGAAUUUCAAGAUAGUAAAUUUGUUGAAGAGCUUUCCAAGGCAAAAGGAUUGUCCACUAGUGAUGAGUGGGAGUAUGCCCGUCACUUUCUUCCUUUUCUGAAGUUGUUCUUUGAUACGACUUUAAAAGUUUCAGGUUCUUCUUAUGUCACUAGUAAUGAUAUGGCGAAGGAUGUGUAUGGAAUUUAUAUAAUGAUUGACAUAUAUUGUGAGAACGAAGAUCCAACUUUACAAGAAAUGGCUAAGAGAAUGAAGAUCAAAUUCAACAAGUAUUUUGGCAAUGUGAACGACAUCGAUCUUACUUUGUUCAUUGCUUGCAUACUUGACCCGCGGCAUAGGUGGGAAUAUGUGAAGUGGAUGAUUGAUCGUGUUUAUGAAAGCAAGCAGGUGGAAACUUUACAAGAUAAGACCUUGAUCGAGGGUGAACAAGCUAAGAAGAACGGGGAUGUUCAUGAUGACUUGGAGGUACAAAGAUCAGGUGAACAGUUGAAUGGACCUAGUGAUGGUGAACAAGCCUAG